AAAAACAACGUUGUUGUGAUAGGCAUUGAUUAACCACAAAUCGUUGGACACUUGAAACUGCACACUUGCGAAAAGGAAAAGUUUCAAUGGCCUUCUUCAAUUUAACAAAAUUGGGAGUUCAAAACUCUAUCAAAGAUUCUUUGCAAGAGAGUACACAGGGGGCAGAAACAAGUCGAAGUUUUGUCAACGGUGCAAGUCGUGAUGGCCUAGACUCCCGCCAGUACUACACAGCUAGUCACUUUCAACAAACAUCACCAGCUUCUCGAUCUAAUUCAGAAUCGAAAGGGUCACAUCUUAUUUAUACCCAACGAUUGACAAAACACCAAAGACCAAGUAUGGCUCCGAACGAAAUCUAUCGAAAACCAAUAACUUCGUCCCAAGAUCAUGGUUGGUGGAUUGAAGAAGGGCAGAAAGACACAUUAAAAAAUUUAGGUUGGGCACGAGUAGAAAGACACGCAAGGAUCAACAGUGAAAUGACAAGAUUUGUCGAUGAGAUGACCUUAACAAAUAAACACUUUUCACUUUUUUAAAGGGCGUAAUAUAACAGCUGAGAAAACAGCCUAAAUUGUAUAGAUAGAUAGUAUAAAUCUCUUGAAUAUUUUAUAUUUUUAUUGGUAAUGAUAUGAACUGAUUUGCAAGUUUUAGAUAAUUUUUAUCAGUUUUGUUUCACUUAAAU